CUUGUUUAUCGGAUUUUCAGGGAGUAUCCUGCAUAGGAUGCAAGGCAGGAACAUUUGGAAUUUAAAAGACAAACCAAAAGCAGAGAUUUGUCUUACGACUUCGGGAUUUUGCUAUGGAGGCAUCAUCUCCACAGGAUCAGCUGUCAGAUGCUCGAGAGCUGGACCUGGAGAAUUCUGGGAAUGUGGGUCCCACGUGGGCCGUGACAGAGGCCGUCCGCCUUCGCCGCUUCCUGUGCUACGGCUCGGAGGGCGCCACCUACAGCACCAAAGAGCAGCCGUUCUCACUUGAGAAUGCCCUCACCCUCGUUCAGCUGGUGGAGGGUGGGCGGGGCUGCGAGGUGGCAGAGGAGGUCCGGCGUCUGUGGCCACUGGGCGGUGCCACAUGCCCCAACGCCAGCCUCUUCGCUCUGGCUGUGUGCUCACAGCACACUGAUGCCAGGGCCAAGCGGGUGGCGCUGCAGGUACUGGGUGAGCUAUGCAGGGUGCCCGCGCAGCUCUUUGCCUUUGUGCAGUAUAGGAAGGAGCUGAAGGGGGCAGAGCAUGGGGGCAUGUGGGGCCGGGCCUUGCGUAAGGCCGUAGCUAACUGGUACAACGGGCAGGAUGCCCUCAGCCUCGCCAACACAGUCACCAAAUGCAAACACAAGGCAGGCUGGUCCCACCAGGACCUCUUCAGGCUAUCGCACAUCAAGCCAGCCAACGAUGCUGUUGCUCUUAUUAGCAAAUAUGUCACGAAAGGCUGGAAGGCAGUCCAGGAAACAUAUGCUGACCGGGAGAUCUCAGAAGAGCUGGUGAAAGUGUUUGCCUAUCUGGAGGCUGUGGAGAAGGCCAAGCAUUUGACUGACGAGCUGGAGGUGGUGCAUCUGAUCGAGGAGCAUAAGUUGGACAGAGAGCAGAUCCUCACCCAUCAUUUAAAGUCCAAAGAGGUAUGGAAAGCUUUGCUAAAGGAUAUGCCAGUGUCUUCUCUGAUGAGGCACUUGGGGAAAAUGACAGCAGACAGGGUGCUGGUACCUGGACGUCCAGACGUUGCAGCUGUUUGCGAGAGGAUUCAGGAUGAGCAAGCUCUAAUGAAGACAAAAACCCACCCCUUCAGCAUCUUGGUUGCAUCCGAGAACUACAAGCGGGGUCAUGGGAAGCGAGGCAAGCUAAAAUGGGACCCAAACCAUGAUAUUGUUGAAGCGCUGGACUGCGCUUUCAGCAAAUGUCUCUCGAACGUGGAGGGCACAGGGAGGCGUUUUUUGGUGGGAGUGGAUGUAAGUGCACGUCUUGGCAGCCUGGCUCUCGGGAGCUCUGUCAGCACAGUGGCUGUGGCUGCGGCCAUGAGCAUGGUAAUCUUGCACAGUGAAGUAGAGGCUGAAGUUCUGGUCUUUUCUGAAGGGGCCAUGGUUCCUUGUGCCAUCUCUGGCGACACAUCCAUCACCCAAGUAAUGGCCCAACUAGUUCAGGCUCACAAUUGCAUCACCGACUGCUCUCUGCCCAUACUUUGGGCCACGGACAACCACAAAAUGGUGGAUGUGUUUAUCAUUUUCACCAGCAAUGAAACCUGGUUUGGAAGGGAAAAUCCUGCAGAAACACUGAGAAUGUAUAGACAAAAAACUGGCGUGUUUUCCAAGUUGAUUGUGUGUGGAAUGACGACCAAUGGCCUUUCUGUUGCUGAUCCGGAUGACCGGGGCAUGUUGGACAUCUGUGGGUUUGACUCGCGGGCUGUUGACGUCAUUCGUAACUUUGUCCUGGAUAUCAUUUGAAAGUGGCUCUCAGUGGGGCAUGCAGUUCUAAAUGGACUAAAGGCUCCACAGCAUGGACAUGCCCUGGUGAACCUGCAUGCCUGAUAGAGGAAAAGGGUGAAAUAAAAACAAAAGAAACACAAAUGAAUAUUUCAGCAUUUUCCCUUCUUUUGCUUUCUGAUUAGUCCAAAUGACUAAGAAGCAGCAAAUUAUGUAAAAGUCCAGCGGGCUGGAUUCAAAUUUUAGUGACACAUUCGAUUUUAGGAGUUUUAUGGUGUAACACUGAGUUGGACUUAUAUGUGCUGCUGCUACUGGCCAAAAAAGGCUUAUUUGAUUAUAUGAAUUAUUGGUUUUUUUGUCAGGUUUGGAAAGGCCAGAAGCUCAAUAUAAUAAAUGCUUUUUAAGGCACAUCUUGAAUUGUUCAACUAGUAAGAUGUUUAACGAUAUGCUGUACAUUUUAGAGGCCUUCCUUCAGAUCGCAUUUGAUCUCUUCAUGCUCUCUGUGACCUAUCCAUUUAAUCAGAAUGCUGUUCAUUGUAAUGUGUUUAAAAUCAAAAGCAUAUUUUUUUUAACCUUUCCCAAACCCCCCCCCCCCCUUAUUUUUGUGACCAGUAUACCUUGAAUGUCUUUGUUUGUUUCCCAUAUCCCACAUCAAUGAAGUCUGAUUUCCUAAAAGACCCAUGUGGAUAACUUUGUAUAAUGUUUUAUGCUAAAAUACCUCAGUUGUUAUACUGUAUGGCCGGAUAACUAGACAGAUUUUUUUAAUGUUACUGAAUUUUAAAUUCAAAUGAUGCUGCAAUCUAUGGUUUAUUUAAGAAACAGCAGAUCAUCUUUGAGUUUGCAUUCUUGGUGCACUUUUGACCUAUUUAUGGAAGACAGAGCAGUAUACAGUGUACUGUAAGUGUAUUGUAAGAUAUUGCAAGGAAGAAUUUUAAUGACAAAGAUAACAUGAGAUGAACUUAUUUGUAGCUGGAUCUUAUUGGGCUCAUUUAUAUUGCUAUUAGUUACCAUAUUGCGUUUUUUAUUUUUACUGCUAUAUUUGCUCUUGUAGAAAUAAUUUGAAUCCAUUGUUUGCUAAGAAUGAGUGAGAGCUAACAUGUACCAAUAAGCUUGUGGCCAAUUAUCAUUAUGCAAAUUACUUUAUGCUAAUUGAAGCUUACCAUCUUUCGUUGUUUGGUACAGUAGAAUUGUUUUGGCUUGCUAUGUAAGGUCAAAUCAAGAUAUUGGUUUUAAGAGAAAGCUAAUGUUAGUAAGAAAGCAUAAAGGAGAUUAAAAUGUUAACGGGAAUAUAGAAUUGAUAGAUUGGAGCACUAAUGUCUAACACUCCUGUAGAAAAAUUGCAUGUUGAUUUUAAGAGAAGAAAAUGAAUGUACUUUUGGUUGUCUGUAAUACUAGAGACUUAAGAAAGACUGGUUUAUACUUCCUUGAAUAUUGCUUUGUCAAAUACUGAAAGUGCUAUGUUCCAAGUGGGAGUAAAACAUAAAUUAGGUUCUUCCACAUAAGAGGCCAUGUCAAGUCAAACUGCCAUAACAGCUUCUACAUGGUCAGUCUCUGAAACUGACUGGGACAAUGAAAAGAAAUACCUGUGAGUUUACCACUUGGUUAAUAAAAAUUCAUUUUCUUAGUCUUGUUACCUU